UUUCAUUCCACACAUAUAUCCACACAUCCACCUCUUUUCCUACCCCCAGACCCACAGCUAGCUACCCAUAACUCCUCAACUCUUGAAGUCCGGCAGCAAAAACUAGCAAACUCACGAACAAAAUGGCCAACCUUGGUGUUCCCGUCAAGCUCCUCCACGAGUCUUUGGGUCAUAUUAUCACUGUCGAAUUGAAAACUGGCGAGAUGUACCGAGGAAAGUUGAUGGAGGCCGAAGACACUCUUAACAUUGCUCUCCGUGAAAUAACCGUCACCGCGCGAGACGGCCGUGUAUCCCAACUCGAGCAAGUGUACAUCCGUGGUAGUAUGAUCCGAUUCAUAAUCGUUCCCGAUUUGCUUGCCCAGGCGCCUAUGUUCAAGAGGAUCGGUCCUAAUGCUAUGCGAGGAAGAGGUAUUGGUGCUGCCCGAGGACGAGCUACCAUCCAGCGAGCAAACGCCCGACGUGGAACGACAAGGACAAACCAAGGUGUCAGGCGUUAAGACCGCUUGCUUUUUUCGGUCUGUUGGGUUUUGGUUUAGUAGGAUGGAUGGAUGGGUGCAGUGCGGGUUUUUUAUUUGGAGGUUGCCAAGAAUAGAUCAUGCGUAUGGUGGGAUGGGGAUGUGCACGGCGUGGAUUGGAGGCGGGGCAAUUUACUAGACGUCUGGGCUCGGGGUUGAGGCGGUAAGAGCAAAAAAGAGCAUGUCUGGCGUCUUCCAGACGGUGUACCAUGGGCAUGAAAUUAAGAAUAUCGUGUUCUUACUGCCUCCUCAAAUUCGUCUGUCUGCUGCUUUUUGACAUUCUGUCGGUCUAACAUCAUCUCA